AGAAUAUCCAAAAAUAUCACCAUCAAAUAUUAUAUCAUAUAACAGAAGAAUUAAAAGUUUACGUUAUGUUAAUUUAGUUGUGGUUAAGUUUCGAAUUAUAUGAGACGUAAUUACGUAGAUUAGUUUGGUUAUAUUUUUUCUAUAACAAUUUAUUUUAAUUGCGUUCACAACUAACAAAAGAACAAUGUCCGUUAUAAAAUUUGGAAUACUCACCGUUAGCGACACGUGUUACAAAGAUCCUACUAAAGAUACUUCCGGUCCAAAUUUGAAAGAUAUUAUAACAAAAUGGAGCCGAUCAAGCGAAGUAACGUCACGGAAAAUCGUCCCCGACGAAAUAGACGAAAUAAAAUCCGUUCUUAUAAAAUGGAGCGACGAAAAAAUUUGUGACGUCAUUUUGACAACCGGCGGUACCGGUUUCGCUAAAAGAGACGUAACACCCGAAGCAACGCGUACAGUUAUAGAAAAAGAAGCUCCUGGACUUAGUUACGCUAUGAUAUCGAAUAGUUUAGCGAUAACGCACACGGCGAUGCUUUCGAGGGCUGUAUGUGGAAUAAGAUCACAAACUUUAAUAAUUAAUUUACCGGGUAGUCGAAAAGGAGCAGCCGAAUGUUUCGAAUUCGUAAAAGACGCCAUACCGCACGCGGUAGCUUUAUUAAAAGACGAAAAAGUACUGGUAACGUUAUUACACAAAACAGUCCAACACAAAGGAGCCGGAGACGGAUCUGUACGUAGUCGAGUAAAAGUCAAUAACGUGGCGUCGAGAAUAAGACAAUCGCCUUAUCCUUUAAUAGAAGUUGCUAAAGCCGCGGAGAUCGUUUUCGAGAAUUGUGUACCGAUUGAAGAAUCAGAAACUGUUUCAUUUGAUGAAUCAAUCAACAGGAUAUUAGCGGAAGACGUUUACGCUUUAGAACCGGUUCCGUUAUUUAGAGCUUCGAUUAAAGACGGAUACGCCGUUAUCGCAGAAGACGGCGCCGGUUUAAGAAAUAUCAAAGAAGUAACGGCGGCCGGCGACGCUCCGCUCGAUCAAAAAUUAAAACCCGGCGAGGCUGUAAGAAUAUCUACGGGAGCUCCCCUACCACCAGGCGCGAACGCCGUUGUACAAGUAGAAGAUACUACAUUGGUAAAAGCCUCCCCCGAUGGUACCGUGGAAGUUACCAUUGAAAUAAAAGUACCGCCGAAAUUGAAUCAAGAUAUAAGAGAAAUAGGCAGCGAUGUACCUCAGAAUUCACUAGUUUUGAACAAAUACGAUCGGAUUAAACCAGCCGAUAUCGGGGUAAUGGCGAUGUUGGGUAAAACGAAAAUUAACGUUUUCAAACGAGCUUCCGUCGGGGUUAUAUCGACUGGAAACGAAUUAAUAGAUCCUAGAGGGGUAGCGGAAGUAUUACCCCCCGGAAAAAUACGAGACGCUAAUAAAUUUACUUUGACGCAAAUACUUGGAAAAUACAAUUACGAUCCGAUGGAUUGCGGUAUCGUUAGAGACGAUCCGGAUUCGGUGAAAUCGGCAUUAGAAAAAGCGUUUUCUAGUAACGACGUGGUGAUCAGUAGCGGGGGUUUAUCGAUGGGGGAAUUCGACGUUCUCAAACAAGUACUCGUCGAAGAUUUCGGCGCUAAAAUACAUUUCGCUAGAGUUAAUAUGAAACCUGGUAAACCGACGACGUUCGCCACGUUGGUUUAUAAAGAAAAACGAAAAAUUUAUUUCGGUUUACCGGGUAAUCCGGUAUCGUGCGGAGUGACUUGUUUGUUGUACGUUGUACCGGCGUUGAAAUACAUGGAACGUUCUUCUAAUUACAAAUUUCCGAUAAUCCGAGUCGGCGGAUUAGAAUUGGUUAAUAACGAUCCGAGGCCCGAAUAUCACCGAGUACGGGUCAGCGUGGAUCCGAUUUCGGGCGAAUUUAAAAUGCGUUCGACCGGAAAUCAGAUAAGCAGUAGACUUAAUAGUCUGGUAGGCGCGAACGGUUUGGCCGUAGUUAAGAAGGGCGUCAAAACGAGUACUUAUAACGUUAUGUUGUUUGAUGAUCUGUUAUAACUUGUCUUUGUUUGUUAUUUCACUAUUUCGGGCAAUAGAGUCCAAUAUCUCAGACCCCACGGUGUUUUUUUUACGUCCACGAUUCACCCUUAUUAAGCCGUACCGGCUCAAGCUGCAUGACAAUGGCCACUAUUAUAUUAGUAAAGGCUGUUUAAACUCUGUCGAAAGAAAUUUUUUCUACAAUCGAUACAAACACUACGACAAAAACAAAAACAAAAAAUAGAAACCCCCGCAACUCUAGACCCCUCCAUUUUGUUGAAAUCUAACAUCGCUUGGUGUUAGUUCACUUGUUUUUCUUCAAUCAUUUUCUCGACAUUCUGACCGCUCUUUCUAUCCUUUCUUAAAAAACAAACAGGUCCAGUCUUCAUUCAAAUUUUUCUCAUCGUCAAGUUUUUUAUGUCUAUUGUGUAAUUUGAGAGCCCGUAGUGCCCCACUUGACAUAACCGAAGGUCGAUGUCUUUUGAGAAACCGAUCAGACGUUUUGGCUUGGACCUUCUGAUGUCAUUAGGCAAGCCAAGUGUUUGAAACGCGCUCGUGAGAGAAUAAAUGACGUGGUCUGAAAUUUCAUCCUUUCUCAGGUACCAGUGGCACUUCGGAUGGUUCGUGUUGCCCAUGAAGGCGUCAUGGAUGACCGUGUCCGGUUAAAAGUCUAGUCACUGGUUCCUAAAAAACAAACAGGUCCAGUCUUCAUUCAAAUUUUUCUCAUCGUCAAGUUUUUUAUGUCUACUGUGAAAUUUGCGAGCCCGUAGUGCCCCACUUGACAUUACUGAAGGUCGAUGCCUUCUGAGAAGCCGAUCAAUCGCUUUGGCGUGAGCCUUCUGAUAAAUGACGAGGUCUGAAGUUUCAUCCUUUCUCAGGUUCCAGUGGCACUCCGGAUAGUCCGUGAUGCCCAUGAAGACGUCAUGGAUGACCGUGUCCGGUCAAAACUCUUAGUCACUAGUCGGAUUUCCCGCGAAUUUAAUUGAAGCAGUUGUUUGAUAAGAGAUGCGGAAGGUUCAUCUAUGUGCGUCUUCGUUUGUCUCAUACCAGGUGCCUCUAUCCAUCUCCACCGAGUCCGUCUUAUAAGCAGACCGUUGAGAGACGCGUUAGCAACACUUUUGGGUACAUUUCGCACACAAAUGAGCUGAAUCUUGCAGCCAUCAAUCACCAGUAAAACUUUCUCGCACUCCAGGACUAACCUAUUGCACACCCUUUCGGCUUGCAGAUCGAAAAGAGGGCGUUCCUGCACGUCCACAACGGAUACAUCGGUGUGGUAGCGAUAAAGAUUCACUUAUUUUGGUGUGUGUCCUGCGCAAAAUCCUGCUUUGGUCAAGCCAUUCGUCCUGGUCCCACUUGUGUACCAAGUCUUUACAUGACCAGUUGGUCUAGCGUGUAGACAUUCAGCUUGUACGCUGUCCUCAUGGUUUCGAAUUGUAUCGCUAGAUACAAAGGUGGAAGACACUUGCGAUACCGAGACACGUGAGGUGGACGACGGUUCCAUACGCGAGAUUCGAAUAUUCUAAAGCAGAAAUGCGUUGUUUGGACCGUCUGAUUGGAGUGCUACUAUUUGGUUUAGACUUAUAGGAACGGAUAAUUACAUUGGAAAAUAUUUCAGUAUUUCGCCGGGUUAUAAUCAUAAUAAAAAUACGUCAUUUUGGCGUUUUCAAGUUCGCGGAAUCCAUUUAUCGAGGUUCCACUAGUCAGAAGUUAGUGGAUGGGUUGGUUUUCCGGUUCAGCUUUUCGAAUGAAUAACACGAAAUGAUAGUUUCUUUUGAUUAUAAAUAAAUUUUCAUUUUCCCAAGUUAUCGAUCAAUUAAGAUAACAUAACCUAAUCGAUGAUAUGGGGAACCUAACCUAACCACCAAAUGGAGCCGUUCAAAAACGUGAACGCCAAUUGUUUUUGAUAUUUUCAUUGUUGUAAGUCUUUUCUUUAUUCACUGUUUUCUGAAAAUCCCAUAAUGAAACGUUUCGUUUAAUUUAUAAAUCUAGUUGAAAAAGCCGAAUAAUGAUAAAUGGAUUUUACGAUUACGAAAAUGCUAAACUAACUUGUCGUUAUGAGUCUGAACCGGCGGAUACAGAAGUACAGAGGUUGUAUUGUUAUUUAAAUAAAACUAUUUUCGAUUUCUACAAUUUUUCUAUAUAUUUUUCAUCAAUUUGAUAUUUACAUCAUUUUUAAAUCACUGCUUUCGAAAUAAUCAUACAUACAAAAUGAAAAAAAAAAAAA